GUUAGCGUCCGGACGGUGGCAGCGCGUGGUGCAGAUCGAUACACUUCUGUCUUGGGAUCGAAACGAGGGAACUGUCAACGCCACAGGAGCAGGUCAUCAAGUCUAGGUGCGACAGUGUCACUGCAGCUGGGAUAUGCCUCGGAAAGAAGACUGACAGAUACAGCUUACAGAAGAUACAACGUCCGACUGCCUGGAGGGCUGUCUUCCGCUCGGUGUGAUUUCUGGCGUCCACGCGGCGUGUGAACAUGCACAGGCGCCUGGUUCCUUCACUCGGCUUAAGGAAUAUGCAGAGCCUCUGUCUGGACGUACGACGGCACCCAGUGACACGAGACUGAGGCAGUAGCCGUGAGACAUAGACGUACAGGACGAUUUCAGGGGCUUUAAGAAAGACGCAUAUGAGAGUCGGAGUAUUAUGUAUGCAGCUUUAUAGGAUCCUGUACGCAUGAUUAUUAGAGUUUAACAAGAGUAUAUGGCGAUAAAGUGAUUCGGGGCAUCUAGAUAGACGACCAUUAGUAGUAUGUGUGUCAACCAGAGAGACACAGAGACGUGAUUUAUUCACAUUGGCUGUAGAGUCGGACAAGUGACGACAGUCGACGACAUCGCUGGGAUUCACUCCGUCUGGUCUUACCACGUUUGGCUUAUUUGCGUAUGCUCAAAAGGUCGUGCUGGAAUAGCACUUAGUUUUACUGCCACGGACCACGGUGCAGUAGAAGACACACACGCCGUUCAGAAUUGACGUGGUUACAAGCAAUAAUUCUAACAGAAAAUCCCAGUUACUGUCCGGCGGCUUUACAAGAUGACGGGCGGGAUCAGUAACGUCACCAACAGCACGGACAUUCGGGACAUGAAGUCACGCGUGUUUGUGGGAAACUUGAACACGGUGAAGGUGUCCAAGGCGGAGGUGGAGAACGUCUUCUCCCGUUACGGGAGGAUCAGGGGCUUCUCCAUCCACAAGGGGUACGCCUUCGUGCAGUACACGGACGAGGCGGAGGCUCGGGCGGCGGUCACGGGGGAGGACGGCCGAGAAAUCGCCGGGCAAGUUCUCGAUUGCAAUCUAGUCUCGGAACCCAAACCAGACCGACCCAGAGCAGCAAAAAGAGCAACUACACCUAUGAACGGCAGGACGGCCAUGGAGGACCAUGCCAUCACCGUGCUGUCGCCUCUGCUUCUCCGAGAAUUCUGUCACUUACGGGAGCCACCCAACAGGUUGAUGAGACAGACAUUUCUGACGAACGGACAACCUCCCCCUCCCCCUCUCCUCCCGGGAUACCGACUGUUGAAGAAGUCACGUGGUCGCCCAGUGACCAAUGGGAUGAGCAGAAAACACAACACUAUGAAUCGAUCAGCCAUGAUGUCAGACAUCCUGAUCUGUGGACGCUGCAAGGACAUGUUUUCCACCCUGGAGCGACUACGUCAUCACAAGUUGGUGGGGUGCCGGCCUCGCCCCACCUGUCCCUGUGGCAAGGGUGACGCCAACACAGAAAAAGAUACGCCAUUUGACUGGGUAUGCAGAUUCUGUCAUCAGUCGUUUGACGGCCCUUGGCCAUUGAUGCAACACGCAAGCGCGGUGCACAACAACACCAUUUACUCUGAAGCAGGGCAAGACCCCGGAAACCUCCUCAACGGGCAUCAUCAGGCAGAGGAGACAGAGUCGUCAGGAUCCUUGUCCAGUGUUGAAACCCGGGGAAGUGACAGUUCCUCCGAUGAAGUAAUAAAUGGAGUUCGUGAUGAGUUACUGAUUCAGCCUGACGACCACACGAUAGACCAAGGGACUUAACCAUGAUGUCAUUUGAAAGAAGAUAUGAUUUGAUGUAAUCUCCAAGCAAAUGUAGAGAGACAAAAUCCUAACGUUUGCCAAGCUCUCGUUUGGAAAGUUCGGAUACUCCGUGGAACUGGAAGUUUGAGAAACAUUACGAUUUUGUCUUCCUGCAUCUGCUUGGAGAUUAGACUUACAGAGCAUCCAGCUGGGGAAUACGAAGCAAUGUGUUUGUAUAAUGACGUUGAACUAACCACGGAAUAAGUGUAGACAGUCCAAUUGAUUUGUAUGCGUGUUAAAUGUACAGAGCAUUUUAGUAUUAUUAGUUGAGUCAAUGUAUAUCAGAGAGGUAUCGACUCUGUUCUUGACAGUAGCUGCCCGUACGGAAUUGACAUGCUUUAUUGGUAUUGUAUACUUUUGCAUUUAGUAAAUGUGACCAUUUGAAUAUUAAAAAGCAUAGGCUUAAGUUGGUCCGCUCUAUAUACUAGUUUUGCUACACGUCAUGUCAUAGUCAUUUCAAAUUAAUGUGUAUAUGUUGUAAAUCAACAUGAGUCUCCAUUCUAGUGUAUUUACAGUCGUUCCAUAGUUAAUAACAGUGGCAGCAUCAAAUAGAAAUAUGGUGAUAGAAAAAGUGGCAAAAAUGAGAUACACAUUUAUCCUACUUAUAAGGUAUAGAAUAAACUGCUGUUGAGUGAUUGAUUUGAUUUAUUAUACGCAUCUUCUAUAGAUUUUGUAAAGCGGAGAACGUCUUCAACUUGGACUACAACUUGCUAGCCGCCAUGCUAGAUAGAGAUGCCUGGUCAGACAUUGUUAAUGGCACCUCAUAUGUGGACGAACUGAACUGAACUGAGAACGUCUUGGUUACUACUUGUAACCAAACAAGCGAAAUAUUUAUGGUGAAAAGCAACGUAACAAAGCUGUCUAGAAGCUAUACCUGGCUGCUGUUCUGUCAUUGUUGCGAUGUAUAUUCACUAUACAUACAAUAUCAAGACAGGUCGUUCAGUACGUACAGAGUGAUAAAGGACGGUCUACAUAUCGCUUAGUUCAGUGAGCGCUGCCCUUGAAUUCUGCAGCGCGAAACCGCCCAGCUAUAAAUCUGUUAAGCGAGCCGUAAUAUUCGAUACCUCCAGUCCAAUAAGCGUCACCUGGGGGAUACUUAAAGCUUUAUUAUGGGGCAGGGAAGGUGACAGCCGCUUAGUGAGACAAUCGUUCAUUCUCACCUUCAGACGAACGGGGCAAUGUCAGAUAAAGGUGGAGUGACAUCAAUUUCAAUAGGAACGGAAAAGAGUCAAAGUAACAAAUUGAUGGGAGCCCUCCAGGUCAAGGGUGAUAUCUUGAUUGUACCUGUCUAAAACAGCCAGGGGAAUUUCCCUAGUACAGUUGGUACAAUGAGCCUGCAUCUAUGAAUACAGUACAUAAC